AUGCAACCACUUUCAAGGGCGCGUCGCAUGAGUUGCAUCUUUUUGGAGGAUUUCGUUCCUGAACGGGAUCAAGCAGAGGUACGUGUAAAAAGGUUCGAGAGGCUAUGCCUUGAUCUAGAAAGUGUUCAGCAAGGUUUAGAAGAUAAUACUGCCAAUGAAGAAGAAAAAGCGCAAAAUGCUGCUCUAAGGGAGAAUUUCGAGGAUAGGCUGAUCUACGUACAAUCGCAGUUGCAGAUUAAGUUACCAUCAGAAGAAAUUCCGAUCCCACAAACGAACACCGGAUUGAAUCCGUUAAAGGGCAUCAAACUACCCACUAUUGCACUGCCCGAAUUCACGGGAGAUUAUAUGCAAUGGUUGACAUUCCGCGAUACCUUUGAGUGCCUGAUACACGCAAACAUAGAUUUGCCGGCAAUACAAAAGUUCCAUUAUUUGCGCGCCGCGGUUAAAAGUGAAGCGGCUCAAGUGAUAGAAUCUAUCACCAUAAGUGCAGCUAAUUAUGAGUUAGCAUGGAACACGCUAACCGAGCGAUACUCAAACGAGUAUUUGCUGCGAAAACGCCAUUUGCAAGCAAUGUUUGCCAUUCCUGCUGCCCAGAAGGAAAGCGUUUCAACACUGCACCAUCUUGUGGAUGAAUUUGAGCGGCAUAAAAAGAUUCUACAGCACUUGGGAGAAGAAACGGGCACUUGGGGUAGCAUUCUUGAGCAUCUGUUAUGCCCCAAACUCCCAAUAAUCACCUUACGCGAUUGGGAAGAGCACGCAUCAAAUAACGCCGAUCCGAGUUACGAUAGUUUAAUUUCGUUCCUUCACCGUCGUAUGCGUGUAUUGGAGACGUUGUUAGUAAACAACCGUCCUACGUCACAGGUUCAUGACCUGAGUCACUCACGGAGAAUGACCUUUUCACGCCAAGUCAGUUUUGCUUCGACAUCAAAUGAAACGCCAAAUUGUACGUUAUGCAAGUCCGCGCACUAUUCUUUAAAUGCCCGCAAUUCGAACCACACGAAAUUGCAAUACGUACACAACACCACUAUCACUACUGCACUUCCGCACCACACACCCGACACCACUAGAGAUCACACAGCCACCAACAACGCACAACGCACUUUUGCAGCAGCUUUGUAG